AUGCAACGUUCAUAUCACAGUAUUUAUUCAAUAGUUUCAUCUCUUAAAGAUAAAUCAGGCAUAUCUAUACUACUAGCAAAUCAAUUCAAUGCUCCACCUUCAGUUCAAUCAACUACAGGAAUGAAUGAUAUUUAUAAUGUUUCAUCAUUACUUUCCAUUCUAUGGUUAUCUCAUUUAAUGAAAAAUAGUCAACUAUCAAUGCCUCCUUCAAUAAAAUAUAUGUCAUAUGAUCAAAUACAUAGUUUACAUAUUCUAAAAAGUAGUAAAAAAGUGACAAAAUGUGAUAACUACGGUAUUACGUUUCCGAAUGAUGGUUUUCAACCACUUUUUAAUAGAACAUUUGAUCCGACAAUGAUGAAACAACAAUCUACACAAUCAGAUCUUGCAGUACAACAUUUAAAUUUAAGUGAAUAA